UUCGAAUUUUUCCCUUUCGAUUUUCAAUUUCCUUUUUCUUCCCGUAAUACGAGCUGGAUUUGAAAAUCUUAAAUUUCACUCGAGAUUUUUCCCCAUAACCGAAGCUUGAUCGGGCGAUUUUUGCUAUAAAACGCGUUCCUUUCGCUCGGAGUUUGAUCGGAAUUGACGAGGUUUUUUGAAUUGUAUCUCAAUUUGAAUUCUUUAGUGACAGGUUAUAUAGGCAUAGAUGGGCGUGAGACAGGCUUUAAAGAGCCUUGAUGCGUUUCCUCGUGCUGAAGAGCACUUGUUGCAAAAGACACGAUCCGGGGCACUCGUCUCCAUUGUUGGAUUGGUCAUAAUGGCUAUGUUGUUCAUGCAUGAGCUGAGAUAUUAUCUCACGACUUACACUGUCCAUCAGAUGUCUGUUGACUUGAAACGUGGAGAGACUCUUCCAAUUCAUAUAAAUGUGACAUUCCCUUCGUUACCAUGUGAUGUCUUAAGUGUUGAUGCAAUUGAUAUGUCUGGUAAGCAUGAAGUGGAUCUUGACACAAACAUUUGGAAGCUUCGCCUGAAUAGUCAUGGCCAGAUAAUUGGCACUGAAUAUUUAUCUGACCUUGUGGAAAAGGAACAUGCAUCUCAUAAGCACGAUCAUCAUGAGCACCCUGACCAUGAAAGUCAUUUAGGAGGAGGGUUUGAUGAAGCUGCUGAAGAAAUGAUAAAAAGGGUGAGGAAGGCAUUGGCAAAUGGAGAAGGAUGCCGGGUUUACGGGGUUUUAGAUGUCCAGCGAGUCGCUGGAAACUUCCAUAUUUCAGUUCACGGAUUAAACAUUUUUGUCGCCCAAAUGAUUUUUGAAGGAUCCAAGCAUGUGAAUGUCAGUCAUAUAAUUCAUGAUUUGUCUUUUGGCCCAAAAUAUCCAGGAAUUCACAACCCACUUGAUGGGACAGAGAGGAUUCUGCAUGAUACGAGCGGAGUAUUCAAAUAUUAUAUAAAGAUCGUUCCAACUGAAUAUAGGUAUAUUUGGAAAGAGGUUUUGCCAACUAAUCAAUUCUCUGUCACGGAGUAUUUCUCACCGAUGAAAGACUUUGAUAGGUCAUGGCCAGCUGUAUACUUCUUGUAUGAUCUCUCACCUAUUACUGUGACCAUCAAAGAAGAACGGCGCAGUUUUCUCCAUUUCAUUACUCGGCUUUGUGCAGUUUUGGGUGGAACCUUUGCUUUGACAGGAAUGUUAGAUCGUUGGAUGUAUAGGCUUCUUGAGGCAGUGACUAAACCAAAUGCAAGAAGUGUAUUGCGAUAGACUCGACAACUCUUUCGGAUAAUCAUCGAUUUAUUUCCAUCUCCAAGGAACCAAUGAAGACCAAGUUAGCAAGUGAAGGGGGAUAGAGAAUGUCGAUACAAGAGUCAAAACACAACAGUAGAGUUCUGUUAUAUUUUGGCGAUCAUUCUUAAAAGCUGCUUUGCCAUCUCUGUUAUAUCGUGUUUUUGGGUUUCCAAUAGGUUGACAAGGGGGCUAAAGUAGAAGUUUGUUGUAGAUUGA